AUGGAGAUAAAAUACUCAUGCGCCGUAAAGCUCGAAGCCCAGCAGGAAGAAGAGAAGAUUCACACAAAGACUUUGCUUCCGCAAAUGAGGAGAAUGCUGCCCAGGCACAGUGCACUGUGUGCCCAAAAUGACACGUACACAUCCGUUCAUAAAUACAAUACCGUCGCCGAUUCCAUGAUGGCAAAGAGGUCAGGCCGCCGAGAAGGCGCAACUCACCCGGCGACGACACCCCGAUGGGAUCGACACCGGCCGAAUUUCGCUGUCCAGCAUGCGGCUUUUGGCGCCACAGCGGUGACGGACUGGCCCACCGCCGCACAGCACGCCACGGGGGUCGACCUGACAUUGUGA